UUAACCUGUCACUGUUAUAAACACACUGUAGUGCAACCUAUACUCAAAAAGAGCUCCCUUGAUCAGAAUGACCUCGCUAACUUUAGACCCAUUUCCAAACUCCCGUUUCUGUCUAAAAUCCUAGAGAAGAUUGUUCACUCCCAACUUCAAACUUAUUUGGAUGCAAAUAAUAUCGGGGAAAAUUUUCAGUCGGGGUUUAAGCCACGCCAUAGCACGGAAACUGCAUUACUGAGAGUCUUUAAUGAUCUUCUCUCAAUUGCUGACUCAGGGCGCCUUGUGGUGUUCAUUUUGCUUGAUUUGUCCUCUGCUUUUGAUUUGGUGGACCAUAAUGUCCUUUUAAUGAGGCUUGAGCAUCUGGUGGGCAUCACGGGCAGUGCCCUUAGCUGGUUUAAAUCCUAUCUCUCAGAAAGGUCCUUUUCUGUCACCAUGGAUACCUGCUCCUCCUCCAUUGCCCCUGUUACCUCUGGUGUCCCCCUGGGGUCUGUGCUGGGUCCCAUGCUGUUCUCUUUAUACUUGUUACCCUUGGGCCGAAUCUUUGAUAAAUACAAUAUUUCUUUUCACUUUUAUGCGGAUGACAUUCAAAUCUAUUUUGAACUAGCUGAGGAUGUCACGUCGUCGUUGCAACACUUCUCCGAUUGUAUGAAUGAAGUUAAAAUCUGGCUACUGAGCAAUUCUCUCAUUCUAAAUGAUAAGAAGACUGAAAUUGUAGUCUUUGAUACUCCCUCCUCUCGGGCUGAACUAACUGGUAUUUUUGGGCCCUUUGCUGACUCCCUUUCUGACACUGUGAGGACCCUGGGUGUUGUCUUGGACAGUUCCUUCAAGUUGGACAAACAUGUGUCCUCUGUAGUUAAAUCGAGUUCAAUCAACUACGUCGACCUGGAGAAAUGUAUCCAUGCCUUUGUUACAUCCAGAUUAGAUUACUGUAAUUCCCUUUACACUGGUCUCCAUUCUGCCCUUGUUCACAAACUGCAGCUCGUUCAAACUGCGGCUGCGCGUCUCUUAACUGGAACUGGCAGGUUUGAGUCUAUUACUCCAGCUCUUUCCGACCUGCACUGGCUCCCUAUUAAACUUCGCAUUGAUUUUAAAAUCUUAUUGCUCACUUUUAAAAUCAUAAAUAGCACCGUGCCCAGCUAUCUUACGGAUCUCCUCAGCUGUUAUAUCCCUGGGAGAGCGCUUAGAUCAGGCCAAAUGCUCCUGGUGCGACCUAGAUCUCGGCUCAAGACCAGAGGUGACCGCGCAUUCGCCGCUGUCGCACCCUACCUCUGAAAUAAUCUCCCUCAAGGCAUCUGAUUCAAUUCAAUCUUUUAAA